AUGUCGGACGGACGCGAGAGCCCGUCGCAAAGCGGCCUCCGCAACCGCGUUUCUUUUUUCGAAAGAGUGUGGAGCGGGCGCAGCAGCAGCGACUCUGUGGAUGCCACCACAGACGUUGAUGACAUAGAAAAACGCAUCGAGCAACGCAAGCGGCGACCUGAGUCGCCCAAAAUCGAAGUGAAGUUGAAACAUACCCGUGACACUUUGUCGCCGGUAAAGACUUUUGAAACUUCAUUUCCCAAUUUAAAACUACGUCAUGUAGAAGCUGAAACGAGCAAGGAGAAGGUCGAAGAGGGCGAUCUUACUUCUGGUGCUCGUUUUGUUAAGUUUGAACGUGUCGUGAAGAGGACAGUGGUGGAAAGGAGUGAGGAGAGACCGGAGUCACCACAGGGUGAAUGGUACUCCGAGUACAAGCAUCACGCGCUGCACAGUGCGCCCAAGGAGUAUAUGCGAAGCAGAUCUGAAUAUGACUCUCACAUCGCAGAAAUACGAGGUAUUUUGAUUUUAUUGUCAAGAUUAGUAUGUAUUAAUGGAAUGUUUUAUUGUAUGCAUAUGCCGCUGUAUUUCACCUAA